AUUUCCUUUCUUUCGCUCCGCUCGUUUUUUGUGCUUUAACCAAAAAUUUUUGGAUAACGUCUGCGUAUGCGGUUUAUUAUUACUUUUAACUGUAUGAAAAAGGAAAUAAAUAUCGCCAAUUGUACAGCAAAUUUCAUUUAAUGUGCUUAUAAAGGAAUUGUGCCUGAUAAGCGAGCAAUAAUACAAUAGAGCCGCAAAAGUAAAACCCCGGAAAUUGCAACAUAAGUUGGUGGAAAAAGUGAACAUUGCAGCGUAGCAAGAACGGGAGCGGCGACAGCAGCAACAAAGUACAUAAAAGUAAUUUUAAUACAAGAUUGAAGGAAAUUGCGGCCACUGCUAAAUUAUUUGCACUUUUGUUGUGAAUUAAUGCUCCAUUAUUAAAAAUUGCUGGCCUAAACGGCAGUCAAAAACAAUUGGAAAAUACUUCCGUGAAUCGACGUAUGCAACGGGAGCACCAACAAAAAAUAAAAGAAACAACCAUAUUUUGCUGCAUUGGAAAUCGCGUUCGUGAAUUGUUUAUAAUUGCAAUAAAGCGACCGACAAACUAUAGCUCUGUUAACUUAAUUAUCGAAAAAGAAAACAAAGGAAAAUCAUUUCUCAAAUUUGGCUUAUCAUUGCUGAGUUGUGUGGUGGAUUUCAUUAAAUAUGGCUGCGGUAAAUGAUUGCUUCACGAUUGGAUCAUCCGUGCUCUGCACUACUUGUUUCAACGAAGAGGUAGAAGGCGAAGUGUUAGCAUUUGAUCACAACACAAAAAUGCUCAUUCUAAAAUGCCGUUCAAAAAACUCAGAGCAACUGAAUGACGUAUACGUAUUGAAUUUGUCGCUAUGCAGCAAUGUUCAAGUGAUCAAGGAGUGCAAUGGCAAUUUCGUUGAGGAUCCACAAAAGCUGAACUUGGAGCAGUUAAAAAUAAGACUGCGCAAUACAGUACAGCAACGACAAACUUAUCUUAAGUCGAGGAAUGCUGACGUUAGCCUAGAGGCACAAGAGUUAUACAGAACAAUUGCAAAGCAAUUCAAGGUUAAUGAAGUAUCUUGGCAUGGACCAAACAUUCAAAUAUUCAAUGAAGUCACGGUUUCGCCACCUUAUAGGGUGGAAAAUGUUAUUUCUACUUCUAACAACAAGUCUCUAUGCAAUUACAUCAAGAAAAUGAUUGAAAAAUUCUUUGAGAGUGCAUCACAGGAAAAUAGUUCGGCUGCUGCGGGUACAUCAUCAGCCUCUUCGUCCACGUCGUCGUCGUUGUCUUCAUCAGCACCUUCGGCUUCAGUAGGCGCAUCUUCAUCUAGUAAUGCGGCUUCAGGUUCUCCUGUGCCAGCAAAUUAAUAGAAAAGACCAUAAAAACAUUU